GGGAGCGCAUCACUCGAACCAGCUGGCGGGUGUAUGCAGUUUCACGCGCUCGCUACCCUACACGCUAGCAUGGCUGCGGGAGAGAGCAGGACGAUCCUCAUCGGCAUCAUCAUCAGUGCGAUCGCACUCAUGUGCCUCUACCAGAUGAGCGAUCACUCGCACCAAACUCCGGCGCUCGCGAAACCGAAGAUAUGGAUCCGUGAGUAUUCGACGGGAGUGAGGAGUACACGGGAGUGGAGGCGGACGGACGCUCCCGGAGCUUCGUACGUCGGAUGUACGGCCGUAGUGCGAGACGGGACGGAUGCUUUCGGCAGCAGCGACGCUCGCAGCUGCAUCCUCGCCUGCCAGCGGGAAGCUGCCGCGUACGCUACCGUGGAUGAUGCGGGUUCGUGGUGCAGAUGUGUGCACGGCAGCAGCAGCAGCAGCAGCGAGCUGCUUGUUUCACCCACGUCCUGCCGGUCGGUCACCGCCGAGCAGGAUGUCACUGCGGCGUUCGCACCGACUUCGGACGAAGCGCGGCUGUAUAAACUGGAGCGAUGCACGCAACGGCACGGCAACGCACCAUGCUCGCUCGUCUGCCUGGACCCGAUCGGAGCGCACCCUGUCGUCGCUCUGGCCAGCGCGCCCGGAUCCGGAAACACGUGGCUGCGCUACCUUAUCGAGAUGACGUCGGGUGACGGGCGCAUUCGCAGGACAUAA